CUUGCGCCAGAAACUAAAGGUGUGAUUCACUGGAUUAUGGACAUCCCCUUUGUGCUGUCGGCCAACCUCCAUGGAGGAGACGUUGUGGCAAACUACCCCUAUGAUGAGACUCGUACUGGCAGUGCACAUGAAUACAGCUCCUGCCCAGAUGAUGCAAUCUUCCAAAGCUUAGCUCGAAGCUAUUCAUCCUUCAAUCCAGCCAUGUCUGAUCCAAACAGGCCACCUUGUCGCAAGAAUGAUGACGACAGCAGUUUCAUAGAUGGAACAACCAACGGUGGAGCUUGGUACAGUGUUCCAGGAG